UCGUGUAAUCAGUGUCAUCGUCUGCCUUACUCCGUAUGUAUGUAGUCUUGUCUUUUUAAAAGUGAAUUUUUUUGUACAGAAUAAGGGUUUACAUCAAGGUCAUGUCUAGUGCAGGUUCACAUCCAUUUGGGUAUGGUCAAAGUGCCAAUAAUAGCUUAGGAAUGGGUGCACCCAGUCUUCAACAGACUCCAAGAAGUUUAAGUGGUCAGCAGUUUCCUUCCAGAAGUGGAGGAAAUGGUGUUCAAGGUCAUGUCACACCAACAAGUUCUGGAAUGCCAAAUUUUUCACCAUGUCUUCCUAAUAAUAUGCCUCCCCAACAGCCUUCUCCAAAUAGUCGAAGCAUGUUAAUGAAUUCUCGACCACUCCCAACUCAAAGGUCAUUGAGUCAGGAUAUGAAGAGGAUAGUUGGACUUGGUGGGCCUUUAGGCGGAAACAUUCCUACCUCUGAUGAUAGUUUUAACAAAAGAGAAAGAAGUUCUAUGUUUAAUGUGGGUGUAAGUUCGAUUGCUGCAAUGGCAAGUCGGACAGGUUUCUCUCAAAACAGUAGAGGUUUCCCUCUUCAAGGUUUAAUGAAUAACAGCAUGCAGCCAAAUAAUUUUUCUACAAGUCCAGCUUUAGAUUUAUCAGAGUUCCCAUCCUUGACAAACCGAAGUACACAAGAAAAUUCCAAUGCAAAUAUGUCGCACAAUCCAAUGGCAGGAAGACCUCCAUAUGUUGGAAUGGUUAAGCAACCUACAAACGAAUCAAACGAAUUCCAGAUACAUAGUGAAGAUUUUCCUGCUUUACCUGGAUCUCAGACUCAAGACAAUAACCAAGAAAAUGUAAAUAAAACAACGUCUGGGAGGUGUUUAGAGUCAUCAAAAGAUUCUAAUCACUUUUCUAAUGACAAAUCAUCUAAUCCUUCACAAAAAAGAGGAAUACAAACGUCCAAAGACGGCCGAGUCACAAACAUUCCUCCUGGUAUGGUGACGGACCAGUUUGGAAUGGUAGGGUUAUUAACAUUCAUUAGAGCAGCUGAAUCGGAUCCUAAGCUUGUCUCUCUUGCAUUGGGAAGUGACUUAACAACACUUGGUCUCAAUCUCAAUACAACAGAGAACUUGUAUCCAAGUUUUGGUGGGCCCUGGGCAGAGCAUCCUUGUAGGCCGCAAGAUAUAGUUGGUUUUGUUCCAGAUUAUCAUGUUCCAUCUGAAUACCUGGUUAAUCAAAAUAUUCGUGAUAAACUAGCACCUGUGAAAUUGAACCGAUAUGGAGAAGAUCUCUUAUUUUACCUGUUUUACAUGUUUAGUGGGGAUGUCUUACAAAUAGCAGCAGCAGCUGAACUGUAUAAUAGAGAUUGGAGAUUCCACAAGGAUGAGAGAGUGUGGAUAACUAGAGUUCCUGGAAUGAAUCCUACGGAAAAGUCCCCAACAUAUGAAAGGGGCAUGUACUAUUUCUUUGAUGCUGACAAUUGGAGAAAAGUAGCAAAAGAAUUUCAUUUAGAUUAUGAUAGACUGGAAGAAAGGCCUAUUGUACCUCCUGCAGUAUCAACUCUUGCAUCAUCGCAAACUGUAAUGACAUAGUUUUCUCUGCCAUUUAGUGAAAAACAAUACUUCUGAAGCUUCAUAAUCAGUCUCAGAAACUCAUCAGUGAUUUACUUCGACCUCAUAUCUUUUCCUUUUUUAUAUAAUUUCUUCUGCAUAUCUCAUUGCUUGCAGCACUUGGAUCAGUUGCAUGCAGGGUGAAACAAUUAGAUAGAAUUUUUCUGUGCAGCCUUUUAAAGUUUGUUGCCGGUGACUGUGGUUUAUAACAAUUAGUAGUCUGUUGAAGUACUUAUUGAAAUAUUUGGUAACAAUGCAAUUACAAGUAACCCCUUCAGUAUACUAAAACAUUAAACUAGUAUGCCCUAUGGUGCAACUAUUUCUUACAGAAAAUGAAUUUAUACAUCUUGUUAUAUAUUAUGAAACUUAUUAAAUUUUUAUCUAUUUGAAAUAAAAUAGAAUUGAUAAUGCACGUACUUGCAUAAUAAUAAUAUUUUUCAUUUAUUUUAGUUUUUUGAGUUAUAACUUCAAAUCUCAGAAAAGUUUUUAUAUUUAAUACUGAAGUGGUUAAGUGUUUGCAUUUCAUGUAUAUUUCAGUGAAAUUUAUUCCUUUGAAAAGAUAACUCAGCGUUUUCAAAACAUUCACAUUUGUGAGAAAAUUCUGAACUUAAAUUUUUUUUUUUUUUUUAAUUUUCAAAAGAAAUUUCCGUUUUGCAUUCCAGAAGUUUAAAGAUGACUUUAUUUGACAAGCUAAGGUUAAAAAAAAUGGUUUUUAAACUGAUUUUAUGUAAAGUAGAAAUUCAAUUCAAGUAAUGAGUUUAAGUUGUUUAAUUUUUAUCAUAUAAAAGGAAAAAAAAAAAAAAAAAAAGUGAGGAAAAAAUUCAUUUUGUGUCUGUGUGUUGCAUUUAUUGUAAAAGUUUCUACCUUAUAAUGAAAAAGAAAAAACUUAAAAAACUUUAUGUGAAUCUUUCUUCUGUAUAAUUUUAAUGAUGUGUUUCACAGAAUUGUAAUGUAUGGUCCAAGCUAAUUUUACAAUCACAUUCUAUCAUUUUAUGUUCCAUUUUUGUACAGGGUAUGAUCAUAAAUGACAGCAUCUCGUUGUACCUUGAUAUGAAUCAUUGAACCUUGUGCUGUAAAUUUGUAUUUCUUUCACAAACGCUCAUCAUAUUUUUGUAAAUGGAACUUCAGUAAAAUUAUUGCCUGAUUAUAAAACAACAUUUUUGUGUUA